AUGUUCAUUCUAGCAGCAUAUAUUCUAAUAACAGCCGCAAUUCCUCUGGUCAGAGGAGGCCCUCUACCAAAAUCAGCGAAAUUUGACUGGUCAUCAACCAAAGCUUUAAUUGCAUUUGGGGACUCCUAUACCUAUGUCCAGGGAACUCACGGCCACCAGAACUUCAGUUUCAUUGGAGACCAAUUCAAUCUUGCCUAUAAACCUGAAGAUCUGCUUGACAACAAGAUAGUUCAGAAUCAAACAGGAACUGCAGAGGGCGGUCCUAAUUGGGUUGAAUAUCUCACAGGAUGCGGAACUGAGGAAGGCCUGACCUCACCCCAGAGCUGCAAAAAGCAACUCUGGGACUUUGCAUUUGCUGGAGCCGACAUUUCAACGGAAUACACACCCCUCCAUCACAACUUCACCGUCUCCCUGGUAAACCAAAUCAACCAGUUCAAGCAAUACGGCCACCCAGUCCUCACGCAGAAAGUCCGCAAGUUCAAACAAGCCCAAACUCUGAUCGCGCUCUGGAUUGGCAUAAACGACAUCAACGACAGCGCUGCAUACGCGGUCGACUUUCCAACUUUCUACAAAAGUCUCACAGACACACUGUUUGCCUCCGUCGAGCAACUUUACGGGCUAGGCUACCGAUCAUACCUUUUUAUGAACCUUCCACCCUUGGACCGUACACCCGGAAACCUGGCGAAGAGCGACCCAAGCCCUAAUGCCACGCAGAUUGCUUGGUACAAUGCAGCAUUGGCGGAUCAUGCUGCAGAAUUUUCUGAUAAUCACCGCGAUGCACAUGUGAUGCUCUUUGAUGCGCAUUCCAGGCUCGGGGCUAUACUGGAUGAGCCGCACGAGUAUGGGAUUGUCAAUACAACCAACUUCUGUCCUGGGUAUGACCAGCCGGAUAUAGCGGUGAAUUACCAGAAUUAUGGAUGUCCGACGCCAUUGAAGGAGUAUUUCUGGUUUAAUUCAGGCCAUCUGACGAGUCAUGUGCACGAGGUUCUAGCAGGGCAGAUAGAGAGAUGGUUAAGACAGUAA